GCGGGAGCCUGAGCGCCUCAGCUGCUGUCGGGCAGGGCGGCUGGCUUCCCGGUGGGCUCUGAGGGAGAAGCGAGCAGCCAUGCCGGCCCCAGACGCAGGCGCAGCGGGAGGCACAGGAGGCCAGAGGGGCCGUGAUGGAAGCCGUGAUGGUCAGGGCGGAAGCCGUGAUGGUCAGGGCGACCCCAAUGGCCAGGGUGGCGCGGGCGCAGCAGGUGGCGCUCGUGUGGCGGGUUCCAAUGCUGGAAGCAUUUCCUGUGUCCCUGCUCGAGGGCAAGGUGCAGAGCCUGUGCCUGCAGACAGAAGGCCAGGAAUCCAACUAAAUGAAUUCACUCUCACAGUCCCUUUCCCGUCUCCCUUGGAGGCGGAGAUUGCUCGAAGAUCCUUGGCUCCUUAUGAGGAACCCCACCAGCAGGCCAUUCAUAAGGAGUUCACAGUGAAUGGCAGCCUCCUGAUUGUUAGAUGGACCGCUGAAGAUGCUCAUCUCCUCCGAAUUUCCUUUAUCUCCUUUCUUGACCAACUUUCUCUGAUGUUGCGGACCAUGAGGCGCUUUGGGCCCCUGUUGUGUCCUAACUCUCUGCCAGGAAAAGGGGGAUGAUAUGCAACCUUGUGUCCCGAGCCAGACAAUGCAUCCUUUCCUAGGGCAUUGAUUCCUGGAUUAAUUGCCACUUUAUUGUCAGAGCCUAACUUUUUGCCUAUACUCUUCUUUCGGUGCUCGGGGCCCACUUGUUUUGUUUCCCUGUUGCUGGUGCAGGGAGAUGAGUAAAUAUUUGUUAUUGCAGAAAA